AGGUCCUAGUGGGACCGAGAAGAAGAUAAGCAAGAUGGCUAUUGCUAACGCUAACUAGCAGUUGACGUUAAAAUGUUGCGUUUUUGAUGUUUUGGGUUGCGUAUUCUCCCAACUUGCUUAAGACGGGGCUCUUACACCUACCCCCUGGUUCUCUAAAGGCAGAGGAAGGGUCCGUGGGAACGUGCAGCCAUGGCAGCUCCUGUGAACGUCCAGACUCCCAGUAAGACCUGGGAGCUGAGUUUGUACGAGCUGCACAGAAGCCCACAGGAGGCCAUCGUGGAUGGGACAGAGGUGGCGGUGUCUCCUCGUUCGCUGCACAGCGAGCUGAUGUGCCCCAUCUGUUUGGAGAUGCUGAAGAACACGAUGACCACCAAAGAGUGUCUGCAUCGCUUUUGCUCCGAGUGUAUCGUCACAGCGCUGCGAUCUGGGAACAAGGAGUGUCCGACCUGCAGGAAGAAGCUGGUCUCCAGACGUUCGCUGCGCCGGGAUUCAAACUUCGACGCUUUAAUCUCCAAGAUUUACCCCAAUCGUGAGGAGUACGAAGCCCAUCAGCGCAGCGUCCUCGAGCGACUCAACAGGCUGCACAACAAGGAAGCGCUGAGCUCCAGCAUCGAGGAGGGUCUCCGCCAGCAGGCCCGCUACAGAAACCACCGGGUGAAGAAGCCAACUCAAGAGAGUGACAACACCACCUUCAGCGGCGGUGAGGAUAACGGCGACUCCCGUUCACACCUGUCCCAUGACUCCGCCCCUUCGAACACCCCCCACCCCAGCGGUCAGACCCCCCCUGAGGCCGGGCCGAGCCGGAAGCGGCAGCGGGCGUCUGACUACGGCUCGGGCCCCGAGGCGGACAGCGGGAGCCCGACUCCUCCUCUGAGACGGACGAAAGAGAGGCCGGCCUCCGAGAUCGAGCUGGUGUUCAGACCCCACCCCCAGCUGGUCCACCCUCAGGACUACAACCAGACCAGGUAUGUGAAGACAACAGCUAAUGCCACCGUGGACCAUCUGUCCAAAUACCUCGCGCUGCGCAUCGCUCUUGAGGACAGAAGAACCGACGGAGAGGUGGAGGACAGAGGAAGAGAGGAGGAAGGAGGGGCACAGAGGGGGGCAGAGGGAGGAAGCGAGAGUGGAGGAACAUCGAGGGGUGGAGAAGGCUCGACUCUGAGUAACAUCAGUGAGAAACAGUACACCAUCUACAUCACGACGAGAGGAGGACAGUUCUCUACUCUCAACGGUUCUCUGACUCUGGAGUUGGUCAACGAGAAGUACUGGAAGGUCAGGAAGCCUUUGGAGCUGUACUACGCUCCCACCAAAGAACAGCAGCAACCACAAGCCCCGCCCCCACCGCGGCAGAAGUCUCCUCAACAGGACGGGUGAAUGAGAGCAGAGCUGCUUCAUUCUCCCUCAGCUUAUGCUCGUUAACUCUAGCAUUAAAGUAUCUGAUCACAUUUUUAUACUUUUAUUUUGAAAAAGUGACUUCUGACCAGUUAGUAAAGGAAAAGGUUCAGCAGCGGAGACAAAAAUAAAAGCUGGGAUUCCUCCUGAUUAGAAAUUGUAACGUUCGGAUAUUUCUUUCCUGAGAUGUAAUUUUUUUUUUUUAAGAAUUAUUUUGUUUUGAUACGAUUUCUUUAGUUUGUUACAAUCCCAGGUGACUUGGUUUGGUUUUAGGAAGCUUUGCUUAUUUAUCAAGACCCAUUUCUGAUGCCAGGUAUUUGACUUUGUGCAUACACACACAAAUAUGUGUAUAAUUUCCUAAACUCAAGUAAUAUUACAUUAUAUGGAGCUUUGAGGCACCCAAAGUACUUAAGAGGUUCCAUGAUUUACCGAUGGAGGUAGGCUACAUCAUAGCGUGAAUACCACUCUGACCACUAACACUCAUACUGGUAAAGUGGGCGGAGUCUUUCCUGAAGACACAAGGCACCACCCACCCAACCUCUGCAGCUAACAGCAGGUGAACUUGUCUAGUUGUCAAGACUAUUUUCAUCUAAAUGAAGCAGUUUUUGUUACGUUUACAGGAAAUGUGAUUGAAUCACGUUUUUAAUGUUAAAUGUUCUACAGCAGACCCAUUUAUCCAGGUAGCUGGAUUCACGUUUUUCUGCAAAUAAGGUAAUUCACAGCUUGCAUUAAGGUUUACUUCUCAGAAACAUUCCUUCAGUUUUCUCUGCAGUUGGACACAAAACAGCUUCAUGUUUCCAGCUUCUCCCGACGACGCGGUUCAGUUGGAGUCAUUUUCCUUUCCUCUAAAUAAGCCAUAGGCCCCAGAGGUCUGAUCUGGGUUGAUCCUGUUCUUUUGCACUUUCUAACCCUGCGGCUGGACUUUUUCUACUCCUAGCGUGGGGAUGUGUAACAGAAUGCAAUAAGAAUCCAGAAUAAACCAUAUUUUCAAACCGA